ACCGCCUCCGCCGCCGUGGAGCUCAGCCGAGCGGCCGGGCGGGCUCCGGAGGGAGGCGCUCAUUCUCUAACGGAGCCCCGGGGCGGACGGCGCGGCGCUCUCGGCGACUGACGUGCGGGCCGGCCGCGAGUAGGCCUCGCUCCGCGCUAGGCCGUUGCCGGGCGACUCGGCGCAGCGUUAGGGCCGCUCCGGGCGGAGCAGCAGGGCCGCCGCCGCCAUGCCGCUGCUCUUCCUGGAGCGCUUCCCGUGGCCCAGCCUGCGCACUUACACGGCGCUCAGCGCUCUGGCGUUGGCCGGCAGCGUCCUCAGCGCCUACCGCGCCCUCAGCCAGCCGCCCGAAGAGCACCUGGAAGCGCCGCCCGAGCCGCCGACCGCGGCGGAGGCGCAGCCGCCUGGGGAGCGGGAGAGGCCGGCGCCGGCGCUUGGGCCUCGCGGGGUGGACGUCGCCUACUACUUGUGUUCGGACAGCCUCUGCGUCUGGGUACUCGUGAAUACGGCUUGCUGUAUUCUGAUGCUGAUUGCUAAACUAAUUCAGUGUGUCGUGUUUGGUCCUCUCCGUGUUAGUGAGAGACAGCAUCUCAAAGAUAAAUUUUGGAAUUUCAUCUUCUACAAGUUUAUCUUUAUUUUUGGCGUGCUAAAUGUCCAGACUGUGGAAGAAGUGGUCAUGUGGUGCCUUUGGUUCUCUGGACUUGUGUUUCUACACCUCAUGGUUCAGCUUUGCAAAGACAGGUUUGAAUAUCUCUCCUUUUCUCCCACCACACCCAUGAACAGCCACAUCAGAGUCCUGACCUUGCUGGUUGCCAUGCUGCUUUCUUGCUGUGGACUGGCAGUUGUGUGUGGCGUGAUCGGAUACACCCAUGGAAUGCACACGUUGUCUUUCAUGGCAGCCGAGUCUCUGCUUGUUACCGUGAGAACUGUUCAUGUGAUUUUACGCUAUGUCAUUCAUCUCUGGGAUCUCAACCACGAAGGCACCUGGGAAAGCAAAGGGACGUAUGUUUAUUACACCGAUUUCGUCAUGGAGUUAACUCUUCUGUCUCUGGAUCUCAUGCAUCACAUUCACAUGCUGCUCUUCGGCAAUAUCUGGUUGUCAAUGGCCAGCCUGGUGAUCUUCAUGCAGCUGCGUUACCUGUUCCAUGAGGUUCAGCGGCGACUUCGUCGCCACAAGAACUAUCUCCGUGUGGUUGGAAACAUGGAAGCAAGGUUUGCAGUGGCAACUCCUGAAGAGCUAGCAGCCAACAACGAUGACUGUGCCAUUUGCUGGGAUUCCAUGCAGUCUGCACGUAAACUCCCUUGUGGACAUCUGUUCCAUAACUCCUGUCUGCGCUCCUGGCUAGAACAAGACACUUCCUGCCCCACCUGCAGAAUGUCUCUAAAUAUCACCGAUAACCAUCGUGCCAGGGAGGAUCACCAAAGGGAGAACCUGGAUGAAAAUCUGGCUCCUGUGGCAGUGGCAGAAGGCAGACCUCACUUGAAUCAGCACAAUCACUUCUUCCACUUUGACGGCUCCCGCAUAGCUAGCUGGCUGCCCAGCUUUUCAGUGGAGGUGAUGCAUACCACCAACAUCCUUGGUAUUGCCCAGGCAAGCAACUCUCAGCUUAAUGCUAUGGCACAUCAGAUCCAGGAGAUGUUUCCGCAGGUUCCUUACCCCCUCAUUCUGCAGGAUCUGCAGCUGACUCGGUCUGUAGAAAUAACCACCGACAACAUUUUGGAGGGCCGCAUCCAGGUGCCCUUCCCAACACAGCGAUCAGAGAGCAUCAGGCCUGCAUUGAACAGUCCCAUGGAAAGGCACAGCACUGAUCAGGAGGAUACUGAAGAGGGUACUCAGACUGAAAGAGUCCCGCUGGAACUUAAUUCACGGCUGGAAGAAAUGGCAGAGUUCAGCGAAAUGGAAGUAGACUCUGCCGAGACAGAGGACUUUGAAGUCAGAGGGAGCCGUUUUUCCAAAUCAGCUGAUGAAAGGCAGCGGAUGUUAGUGCAGAGGAAGGAAGAUCUUUUGCACCAAGCUCGCAGACGUUACUUGAACAAAACUUCAGACGAGGCUCCCUCAGGCAUCCCCCUGCAGGCCGAAGGGGUGAAUUCCGACCCCAUCACUUUGCGGCGCAGAACGUUGGCUGCCGCCGCGGAACGAAGGCUUCAGAAACAGCAUCCAUCCUAAUGCUCCCCCGGUUCGUCCCGUGUCUUCUUUUCCACGCCAGCGACACGAAACCAUUCUGCGCUCUCCCGGUUUGCUGAGGAGCUCAGCUCGCUGUGCUGUGCGGAGGAGGAGUAAGCUGGCUGCAUCUUCACUGUACAAAGCAUGUGAUAUCUAAUAAGUGUUUGAACAGCUGACAAAUUAACCUUUAUGGGGUCCUCUUUGUUUUUUAAGUGUGACAUUUAUUCCUCUUUUGCAUAAAAA